AGAUUGUUUGAUAUUAAGCCAGUGUCAUGGAUAACAAGUAAUCUCUUAAGUUUUUAACGGAUUUUGUUACCGUACAAUGAUGGAUUAUCAUUAAUCAAGAUUAAAAUAACUAUCAUAAUGAUAUUAUCAUUGCAAGAAAUGAUUGUAUGUGUACGCAAAGAAUUUUUCAAGUCGAAUUUGCACAACAGAAAGUACAUAUAGGUGUUACCUUAGAAUGAGUGCUGAAAAGGACAGUAGAAUCGUACAGUGCAUGCUACGUCCGCUAGAUAGCACCACGUGUUCCAUCGGUAAUUUAUAUUUUUUUAACCUUGUCAUUUCAUUAUUUUAAUAAGUAUAACAUACAUAGACUGUCAUAUAAGAAGUAGUUUUAUGACAUUGCAAUAACAGUUGCAUCAAUUCAGUUAGUUCGGUCUGUUGAUACGUCAGUUAACGAAAAAAUUGAAUAAAUUAUUUGACGGAAAGCUUAGAAAAAUAAUCAAAUCAUAUAAUUUUGCAUAAUACAACCAUCAACAUUUAGUAGCAAGUUAAAUCAAAUGACAAUAACCUAAAAUUGUAAUAAUUGCAAUGCCAUACUGAACACAUAAUUAAAUAAUUAAAUAAUGCAAACGAAGAAUUUCGUUAACAGCAUUUUGAUAAUGGAAUAUGUAUUUUAUAGGUGAUGAAAAAUCACAUCGAGCUUCAGUUUUAGACUUGAAAUUCAAGUUCAGUGAUUUGAGUUAUCCCAUGUCAAACAAAGUCGCAAUGCCGGCACUUCUUUCAUACUUAAACGGCUUGAUGAGAUAAUGAUCCUGACAGAUAUGCGAUACAAGAGGAAUGCCUUGGCCGCGGAUUAUCAUAACUAUUACGCAACAUUGCAUCACUGUCGUCUAAAGGAUAGCCAACCCUGUGUCCACAUAGGCCUUGGCAUUCGCCUAAUUGCGGUUGACGUAGGUUAGGUAGACGUCGUGCAAAAUGACUUUGCGUUAAGCUUACUUUUUAUUGUAAUGUACAAUUGUGCUUGUUAGGCGAAAUAAAUUUCCAUUCAUAUUCUUAAUUACCUCGUGGAUUUCAGAUACAUUUGACUGUGAUAAAAUUCAAUGUAAGAGGGUGGAGUAGCGUGGGAUAAAUAGUAAAAAAAAAACUGAACAAUUUGUUUUUAUUCAUUGCUUGUAUUAGGAUUAUCAUCACUGAGUGCAAUUUUUUGGUGAAUGGACAUACAUAGGAUGUUCAUUGGUAUACAGUCACUACCCUACCGCACUAUACAUGGCAGGGUGGAUUGAUUUUCCGCUGACUGACGUCACGCAGAAUUCAGCAUGCGCGAGAUGCGAGAAAGACGUGCAAACCGACGGAGCAGCUCCAAAUCCUGAUUUAUCAAACGUUUAUUCUUAGUGUUCCGAAAAUUCGCUUAUAUCAGUUCAGAGAUGGCGUUCUUCUUACAAUGUAUUAUCUCUGUUAGGUAUGUUUAUGAAAUGUCGAAAAAACAAAAAUGCAGAUGCCUGAGAGUUUAUAAAUACGUGCAAAUAUCAGAUGACGUAAGAAAAUCAAACUUUAGAAACUUUUCAAAUAGAAUACUCUGAAUAUAAUUUGCAAAAUAUAAUUUAUACAAAUGAACUGGCAUAUCCCGCAAACAUUAAUGAAUUAAGACUUACAAUAAACUGCAACGACAUACGGAACAGCUUAAUAAUUAAUAUAUAUCGCAUCGUUGAUCAAUAUUAGAAAAUUUUUUUAUAAAGAAUGUCCUUUAUUAUACUAUCAUCGUAUAAUAAUACAACUUACCUAACUGCACUUAGAGUCAUAAACCCUAGAAGCAAUCUCAUAAAAGUGCACAACCCAUAAACUUUCCAUACCGUUGAAAAAUACCUGAUAAUCCCAUAACUAUUUCCAAUACUUAUCAUGGACGAUAUUUCUUUUUAAACAAGUCCAAUACCUUCAAUCUCACAAGGGUGCAGCACUCUUAUCACAAUUUAAAUGGUCCCAGAUAACCUGCGCCCAGCAACACAAGACUGUACCCAGUGUUAUAAAAGCUUCUCUUAAUUUCCACGCUCGAUACUCGGCAUGGUAUUAAAGCAUAAAACAAGAAAGCGUCGCACAAUUUGAUAAAUUCGUAUUCCAUGCUUAUAAUAAUGACUGUCCAGAGCAGGCAGCAGCGGAGAAAAGGGAGACACGGCGGUGUGGUCGGGAGUUGGGAGGUCCGUUGGGGUCACAACGGGUUCAUUCAGUGGCGUGCUUGCCGGGAACUUGGCUCGAGUCGAUUCGAGGUACGGCAAAGCGCUGAGUGAGGGACGAACCCGACAGUCGCUGAUCGUCCGCGACCCCGUUCAAUCGUGGCGUUCGUGUCGUUGGACACUACUGUUACCCACCCUGUAUCGCACACUCGUUCAGUUUCUUCACAUCACCAUUUAACUGCACUUUACCCGUCCGAACAACUUCCACCUCGCGUCACUCUCUCAUGACAGUGUACGUAAUUGUCAAAAAACAUUUAUUUUCGCUACCUUAAACAGCAAUCCGUGACUUCACGGACAUCCGGUAUGUACCCGUGCGCGCACCACUGUCAACCACUCAUUUUUAUCUGAUGUAAGAUGAGAUGUCGGACUGCCACUGCUAAUUCUCGCCGAUUCUCGACUUCCUAACCCUAUUCGUAAAGAUCGAAUGCGGUGGAUGCUUCAGUUGGAAGCAACAGAAACGUCACGUGCACCAGCAAGGAAAUCGAACGAACUGGACCGAGAAAAGGGACAUUGGAUGAGAAGGGGUGAUUGCCGGUGAUGGACAAUGAGCAACCGCACCAGGAGCUGGUCAAGUGUGUGGUCGUGGGGGACACCGCGGUCGGAAAGACCAGGCUGAUCUGCGCCAGAGCUUGCAACAAGCACGUAUCCCUUUCGCAGUUACUGACGACGCACGUACCCACAGUCUGGGCUAUCGAUCAGUACCGAAUUUAUAAGGACGUUUUGGAACGUUCCUGGGAAAUCGUGGAUAAUGUGAAUGUCUCGUUACGACUUUGGGACACUUUUGGCGAUCACGAAAAAGAUCGUCGAUUUGCAUACGGCAGAUCAGACGUUGUGCUACUAUGCUUCUCCAUUACGAAUCCCGUAUCGCUGCGAAAUUGCAAGGCGAUGUGGUAUCCAGAGAUUCGUCGAUUUUGUCCCCAAACUCCCGUACUACUUGUGGGUUGCAAAAACGAUCUCCGAUACAUGUAUCGAGAUGAGACAUACCUCAGUUACUUCCGCGACCGCAGUCCUUUUGUAAGGGCGACACGGAAGAGUGAUUUAGUGAUGCCUGAUCAGGCAAGAGCAGUAGCAAGAGAGUUGGGAAUCUGUUAUUACGAAACCAGCGUGUUCACGUAUUACGGCGUGAACGAAGUCUUCGAGAAUUCCAUACGAGCUGCUUUGAUAGCGCGCAGACAACAGCGAUUCUGGAUGACGAAUCUGAAAAGGGUACAAAGACCGUUACUUCAGGCUCCGUUCUGUCCACCAAAACCAAUUCCGCCUGAAGUCUCUUUGGCGCCGAGCACUUACGAGGAGAACAUGAAAGCUUUGUGGACGAGGCCUGUUCAUACAGAUGUCACUUUAAUUGCUGGUAACUGCUCGUUUCCGGCACAUCGAUGUCUCUUGGCUGCGGCCUCACCGGCGUUUCAUCGGCUAUUCUCAAUGGAGCUGGUUCAGGAACUGACACCUCGUAGCUCCAGCGAAUCCAGCAUGGUGAGUACCUUCGGCGAAGCCACAGUCGGCGACUUUAACGACGAUACCGAGUGUCUAAUUCGCAUAGAUCAGUGUAAGCCUGCCAAAGUCUGGGAGCAGCUUAAGCGACGUUCGAGCUUUCAGGUGCUACCGACCAUGGACAGUCAGAGAAAAGCAGCAGGUGCAAUGAGAGAGCUUAAUCAUCCGGCUUUCCAAAAUAUUCGUAUAUCACUGACUGAAAAUUCACAUGGAGUACAACAACCAACGACAAUAGUAACGCUUUCGAAGCUGGUGACGCCACAGGCAAUGCAGCAAUGCUUACAAUUCAUAUACACAGGAAGUCUGGAUAAACGUUAUCACGAUCUCCAAGCCAUUCUUCGAUCUUGUCCACAGGAGAUCAGGCAGGCAGCUGAAUUUCUCGAGUUGCCACAGCUCUUGAUGGUCCUCAGCAGCAUUCAGACGAGAGAGCAAUUCAUCAACAGUGAUCUCAAUAAUCAGUACAAGCAAGUGGUAAGACAGCGACUCGAUGACAUCUGCUUGGAGCAAGGUUUAUUCGCUGACGUUAUGUUCGAAUUGGAUGACGGAAGUAUGCCAGCGCACAGGGCAAUACUCACUGCUCGAUGUGACAUGAUGAAAGCCAUGUUCUCUGGGGAUUUCCGCGAGAGCAGUGCUAAAGUCAUAGUCUUUCCUGGCGUGAGAGAAUACACGUUUCACAAGUUACUGUGUUACCUGUAUACCGACGAGGUUCCGGCGAUUUCGUCGGCACGCUGUCUGAAUCUUCUCGAAUUAGCCAACAGACUGUGCUUACCGCGACUUGUGAACUUGGUCGAGAACAGAGUGAUCGAGGAUCUCGAUAGACUUUCGCAAAACGAUAGCAACCAGGCGGUAGAAAACUGUCUGAGGUUACUAGAGCCGUGCAAGUUGCACAAUGCAGAUCAAUUAGCCGAUUGGUGCAUGAAUCAUCUAUGCGUGAAUUACAAUAAACUAUGUAAAAUGUCACCGCGCAGCGUGCGGCUUCUGCAUCCGGAGAAUCAAGAGUACCUGAACGAGCACCGAUGGCCGCCAGUCUGGUAUCUCAAGGACUACGACUACUAUCAAAAGUGUCUGGCCGAACACGACAGAGAGAACAAACCCACGCUCAAGAGGAAUCGGAAUCAGUCGGGGUGUCUUUGCUUUUCCGGAUCGAGCAAAGCAAGACGAGAAGCUAAUUCAGCAACGAACGAGACCCCCGUCGAUCGGCCGCUGUUUGAUGCUUCGACCGAAUCCGGCGAGCCAGUAUGACAGGAGCCAAGCGGCUCCAGCCGCUCUGUCAGAUUCAUUCUGAUCCUCCCCGUGCUCAUGAUAUUCAUCUGCACUAUUUUUACUAUUUUGAUACUGCUACAAGUUUCUACUUAAAUGUCGAAUAACAAUAUAGAUGAGAAGCCCCCGGUCUCUCGACGAAGACACGCGUCCGCGUAAAAUCGACGUGCCGUCGUUUCGUAAGAGUCGUCGACGGAGAAAGAAAAGUGAAGAAAAUUAGGAAGAAAAAAAUGAACAACGAACAACAACAAAAAACAGUCUCGUCGCUGCGCUCUCGUUCGAAGGAGAGCUAAACGUCAUUAAUCUUCUUUUUUAUUUUUUUAAAUUCGUCAUCGUGCACGAUCUUUUAAAUUUACCAAGAAUUCUCGAACGUUACGCUCGAGUAAUGUGCCAUUUUUAAGAUACGAUAUUAUUAGUCAAAGAGGAACUUUGACUCAAGGUCUCUCCAGUCGGAGUUACCACGAAUCCACCUCUGCUGCUUGCCGAUCAGUUCAUUCAUAAAAUUCGUAUCGAUGCGUGCCGAGCAAAGUGAGUGAGGUUCUUGAAAAUUAAUGGAAUCUCAAAGCAUAAACAUUUCUAUCCAAAUCUUCUUUGAUACGCGUAAUAUGCAUUAACGUUCUAUGAAAAGACUAUACGAUGUCCAUGCGGUAUGCAAAAAAAAAGCUAUACUAGAGGAAUAUCGAAUCCAUCACCGAGGGAUGAAUCAAACUUUUUUAAAUUUACGUAGUACAAAACAUUCCUGAUGUCGUGUAGUAUUUUUAGAUAUCCAAUAUAAACACAGAAUUAAGUCAUACAUAUAGCAUAUAGCAUAAAUCGCCGUGCCAUUAAUCACUACGAUUAUACUCACACGAUGCAACUGAUGAAAUGAACAAAAAGAAAGAGUCGAGUCGUAUCUGAAAUCAGCAUGUGAGAAUAAGUCAAAGUUCUUGGCUUCGUUAGCUAAUUAGAACCACAGAGUCGUUAUACACAUAUGGUGGACCAAAAGACUAAAUAUUCUCCCUUCUCGGACGGAUCGUUUUCCCAUUACGACUCAAGCUCAUUUCUAGUAUUGACCUCGAUCGCCUAAUCGAAUCGAAGAAUCUCUGCGAUGGCUCUCCUUUUCGAAGCUCCCAAUCGGAUACGCGACGAUUUUCAUUGCAAUGGGUAACGAGACGAGCGCUUGGUGACGUAAAGUCAAUUUUCAUUUUACCAGAACAGACUGGGGCGACAGAUGUAAACUUCGAAAGCUCAGAGUCUCGCUUAUCUUUUCAAUGAAAAAUUAAUACGGAUUCCACGACGAGAUAGGUCGCAAUCCCAACGUAUGUAUGUUCACUGAAAUAUCGAUAAUAGAAAUUAUCGAUCGCUUCCGGUAGCACCAUUUGUCCUGCCUCACAUUCACUUUCUUGGGCGUCCUAUAUUCUAAGAUUUCGAAGAAAUCAGACGAAUUCGGAAUUUUGCUGGUACGUAACGUCUUCCGCGUGUCGUGUGUCCGAUUUUCGAAUCGGUUUGACAUUCCGUUAUUAUAACAGUACGAUAACGAGUAAACGAUUUUAACGAGUGAACGAUUUUCCCAUUGCCCUCUGCCCAGACUAGAUGAUAGAACGAACGAAUGAUCAGUAUUAACGUUACAGCAAGACGUAUUUCUAUGAUAAUUACCAUUAACCCGGAACCCGGAAAAUAUACGAAUCGGUAUCAAUUGAAAUAUCAUUUUAAUAAAAAACCACUUCUCAGUUCCAAACGAAAAGUGGAAGCGAGUGCUCGUAUUUAUGAGGAAUAGGGGAAAGGGGGAAAGUGCAACAAAGUAUAAUCGAAUAAGUUUAAGCGCGAUAGGAUAUAAGUGAGAAUAAAGUACACGUUGAUUAAGUGUAUCGAGAGAGGUGAGAAUCGAGGGAGGAAGCAAAGUUUUCACGGAGGCCGAGUAAACUGUCUCAGAAGAGGAAGUAAAAAAAAAGGUCGGCGAGAAGAUCAAGUGAAAAUAUCCGCAUGAAGAGGGAGUCAAAGGUCGUCGUAUUUAUGAAUAUAAACGUAGGACUGAGGGAAGUGAGCCAUAGGUACUAUAUAGUUCGUGUAUGCGUUAAUACGCGAUGACGUAAUAAGAUAAGAAUUUACGUGAGAAUCCACUGAAGCAUCUAUAGACGAUUCGAAGAGCAUCCAAUUGGUUUAACGUGUUAUCGUGCGUUAUAAUUCGAACUUGACACGUUAUCAUUAAGCUGUACGGUGUUAAGGAAAAGCAUUAAUAAUUGGAUCUCGCUGGCUUAACACGCUCGCGUCACACGUGUUACGCAGUUUUUUGUCCGUAAAAAAGGAAAAAAAAUUAACACAACACAAAAACAAUAACACUCCACAUUAGUUUACGAGGGAAGAAAAAGGAAAUGGAUUACGUCACACACUCACGCGCAAUACGCACAUAUACUAUAUAUAUAUAAUAUAUAUGCAUAUGUACUAUAUAUAUAUAUAUAUAUAAUAUAUAUGCAAAAUAUAUACAGGCGCCUGCGCCGUACAUAAGGGAGACACUGACACAACGUGUGUUACUGCCUGAAAUAAUAUUUAUCUCUGCGUAAAGUAUAUACUGGUAAGAAGUAAGAGAUACGUCCCAGUUAUUACGCCACGUCAAUUUCGAUGUCAAUGUUAAUAACCUCCAUUACUCAGAUAACAUGUAUAUUUUCUACGGAUAUUGGUGGUUAGCGACGUUAAGUUCCUUAGUGAUCGCUAUUUAAGAACAGGCCUCGGAUCUUCCUCGAUUUUUUCAUGCUGUGGUCUCCGAUGGGUGCUAUUACGAAUUGCGAAGACGAAAAAAUCGCAAGAUAGGGUAAAAGAAGAGUUCAGUUGGUUUUGGAUAAAUUGGUAGAGAGUAAAUGAAUUUUAGCGCGACGAACAGGUGGGGACUGAUUUUUACGAAAGUCAAAAAUUUCUUGAAUGGUUACAAAAGCGCUUCUUGAUAUCGGACGACAUAGAAUUGAGAUAAUAAUGUUGCUGUGGACUUUUGCGGAAAAAAAAUCAAUUUCACCCGGAUCCGUAUUCCAAGACUGUCUUUGUGGCCGAUCGAUUUUUUCUUCUAUCAAGAAGCGCCAUUGUUCCAAUACUUGAAUUUGCGAAACGCUAAGACUAAGAAGUGUGAGAGACUAAUGAAAAUAACAUAUCCACGUUCAUUCACAGUCGCCUUUGAGUUUCAUUUAAUAUUUUCAAUCGUAUCGGUAACGUGGAUGCUCUGUGAUUCGAAGAAAAAUCAACCGAUCGAGCCCACUGUUAUUUUUGAUUUUCGUGUGUCCGAAAAUUGUGAUAAAAUUUAGGCCAAUUUGUGGAUUAGAGUGAAGGGAGAUGAACGGAUCGAAGAGAAAGUCAAUGAUCUGUAAAGGUGAUGUAAUAAGAGGGGAAGAAAAAAGAGAAAAAAAAAAAAGAACGAAAAGAUAAAAUUGCAAAACACGAUAACGUCAGGUCCCCUUCGUAAUGUUAUCGACUUAUAAAUCUACCUAAUCAUUAACGAUAUUAAACGAACCGUGUAUCUACAUGCCUAUACCUACGCGUUUCCGAGUCAUGAGUUUCGCUGUGAGUCAGCUCAACCCUUCGAACCUUUCAUCUCAUUGUAACUCCAAUGGCUUUAAGUCUGGAAUAUUUUCAAAGCCAGACUAAGCGAAUGAGAGGGGAAAGCAGAAGAGUAAGCCAAGAAAUUGCAUAAAUUUUCAAACAAUACGUCAUACUAUCUCCAGAUCCUCUUACACCCGCCAUAAGCGACAAUCUACAAUUUAUCAUGCGCGUACGUACGAACACUUGUACUUUCGUACUGUCGAUUACAACGUCGAACGAGUGAUCAGCGAAUACGGGAUACAUUGUAUAACUAUGGAAAGUCACUCUGGCUCUAAUUGUCAGCCCGUUCGUUUUUUUUUUUUUUUUUCAGGGAUAUUUGCAAUAAAAAUUAAUAUGUAUAUGGCAA